AUGUUCUCCCCUCAUGGCUUGAGUCGUAUAGGCAUAGCUCUCUUCUUCUCGCAAUGCGCAAUUGGUGUUGAAGGAACCACACCCGCUAUACCAAGAGCACAAAAAGACUCGGCCAUUAUCGACCUAGGUUACGCGCUGUAUCGUCCAACCUCCUUCAAUGAGACCGGUCAAUACUACAACUUCUCCAAUAUCAGAUACGCAGCUCCUCCAUUAGGCGAUCUUCGAUUCGCCGACCCCCAACCCCCACUUCAAGAAGACCGUCACAAGGUCAACGAUGGCUCAGUAGGGUUUACGUGCCCACAGGCAAUUCCAGCCUGGGCUGUGAGCAACACAACCACCAACACUGGGUCUCCCGUGACGACAGGUCUUUCAGGAGAAGCUGAAAGCGAGGAUUGUUUGUUUCUAGAUGUCAUCGUCCCCGCAAAGGUAUUCCAAAACCGCGAACCAAGUGGCAAAAAGCUGGCGAAAAGAUGGGAUCUGGCUCCCGUUCUGUUCAAUAUAUUUGGGGGUGGGUUCUAUUCUGGUGACAAAGCCGGCUUUUACAAGCCGCAAGGGCUGUUAGAGAGAAGUCAAGACUCGUUCGUCUACGUGUCUAUCAAUUACAGGCUUGGCGCAUUUGGCUUCCUCUCGAAUCUAGAGAAGUCACAAGGUAAUACGACCUCCCCUAAUGCAGGCUUUCUGGACCAGAGACUGGCCCUGAAAUGGGUACAAAAGAAUAUUCAUCUCUUUGGUGGCGAUCCCAGUCAAGUCACAAUUAUUGGGGAGUCAGCUGGCGGUUCAAGCGUAGUCUACCAUACGGUAGCAUAUGGCGGUUCCAAGCCGGAUGAAAAUAAGCUAUUCAAGCAAAUCAUUUCGCAAAGCGCAGGUGUCGAGCCGGUCUAUCCGGAACAGGCCAGCAUAGGAGCAAAUCUAUUUCUCCAGACAGCGGGAGUCACGUCCGUAGACGAAGCAAGAAAAUUGCCGACAGAGAAAUUGCAGGAGGCCAACAAGAAGGCGAAUGCAGCAAUUCCGUUCUUGGUCAUGUCCUUCGCACCUGGCGUUGACGGAGACAUAAUACCCGACUUGCCCCUCCGUCUGAUGAACGCAGGCAAGUUCAAUAAGGAGCUGAACGUCAUUGCUGCCAACAACAAUCGCGAAACUGGCGUUUCCGUUGGCACGAGCACUACGACCGAUGCAGCGAUUAAGACCUACCUUGAUACGAAUCUCCCAGCGGCGUCGCAGGAAAUCAAGGAUUACAUCUUCAAUGUUCUUUAUCCGCCUCUACCUCAAACUGACCUGCCAUACACAACCAACUCAGAACGGCUCCAACUGAUGCGCAAAGAGCAGACGCUCAGCUGUGGAAGCUAUCAUAUUGCCAAAGCCUUUGAGAACAAAACUCACAACUACAUUUUCAGCAUCCCACCGGCAAUCCACGCGCAAGACCUGGCAUACACCUACUAUCCCACCAAUCCCACGAUUGGCUUCUACCCAGAAAGGGCUGUCCAACUGCAACAGUACCUCGUCAACUUCGUAGGCAAAGGCGAUCCUGCUGCAGCUGGCCAGACCGAGUGGCCGAUAUGGGGCGAUCAGGCAAAUGCAGUAAACAUCACAGUGGAGGGUAUCACACAGGUCCAAGAUGACCAAUCGAAUCCGAGAUGCGCGUGGUGGAAUCAAGCACUUUACCGUCCUGCGACGAUUGCUACAACAGCAGAUAACGCUCAGCGAAGACGUCGCAGUCGCAUCAGUUCGUAA